CGGGUACCGGGGCGAUGCCGCGGUGUGUGGGUGUGUGUUCAGCGGGGGAUAUGGGUGGGGCCGAGCGGGCGGCGGAGCCCCACGGGCGGCGGCAGCUGGGGCGGGCUCCGCGCUUCUGUCCCGGUGGAGGCGACCGGCCGGGAUAGCGGUCUCCGGCCGGGACAUCGCGCUCCGGGCGAGGGAAUAGCGGCGGCGGCGGAGCCAUGCUCCCGGCAGAAGAUACGAAGGAUGUCCUUGUGAUAUAUGGACAAGAAGCAGAAGAGUGGGCACUGUAUUUAAAAUUUCUUUUUGGACACAUAGUGAGUGAAGGAGGAAUCUUACUCUACAAUCUAGAGACUUCAACUUUCAAGCACCAGGAGCUAUUCUAUUUACCCUCUUAUAAAUGUAAACUCCUGAUACUCUCGUGUGGACUUCUUAACUGCCUGAAUCAAGAGAGAUGUUAUUUUCUGGAACAAGUUCUAAAACCUCUAGAAAAUGUGGUAAUUCUACUUUGUGGGGUGGAGAAUUCAAGAAUUCUUUAUGAGACACUGACCUUAGAUGGAGGCAGCAGAGAGAUUUCCACUGAUCAGAAGCCUGAGGAAUAUAUCGCUGUUGUUACUGGAAUUAUUCAACCAGAUCACCAGACUAGCUCUGAUAUUAAUUUGUCAAAUGUCAGGGCAGCAUCAGAAACAACAGACUUCAGUUCUAAAAAUGAGGUACUUUCUAAAAGUUUGGAAACUAAGGAGCAGUCGAUAUUGGUGCUUCCAAGAAGAGUCUCGUGUGAGAACUCUGGUGAAAUAUUCAUUCUGUUGAAAGAUGAAAUAGAUGAUGAAACUCUAGAAAUUGAAUUCAUAUCAGAUAAUCAACGAAUUAGAACACAGACAGCCUCUUGGAAUAAGAAGGUCAAGUACGUAAAAGCCCUAGAUUUUCCUGCUGGCCCUGUAUAUGUAAACGUCUACUGUGGGGGAGUCAUUAAGACCACAGCACACAUUGAGUACUACACCGCACUAGAGGAGAUUGAGCCCAUUUUAAAGAAGGUGGCUGACCCAAUAGCUUUCACUUGUCAGACAUUGAAGUUUUCUUCUGUAGAGAAGGUGGACAAUGUUCUGACUUUGUUAUUGAAAAGCAAAGUAUCUACUUAUGAAUUCAGCCCAUUCCAAAGUGGAGAAGAGCAUCGCCAACAAGCUGAUAGCCAUUUGGAAGAAUUUCCUACUCUCCUUCACUGUGCAGCCAGAUUUGGAUUAAAGAACCUUGCAAUGUUUCUACUCAGUUGUCCUGAGGCCACAUGGGCUUGCAAAAUAACCAAUAAAUAUGGAGAUGAUCCAGAAAGUAUCGCAGAGAAGCAUGGACACAAGGAACUAAGAAAGUUAAUCAAAGAAUUGUCAAUUAAUGCAGCAAAUAAUUUCACCGGUUGCAGAGAGGAAGCAGAAGACAGUAACACUUAUGAGCUUAUGUUAGGCUUGGAAACUCAACCAGCCAUGAUAUUAAAAACCAAGCAGAACCCGGGAGAUCAAUAUGGAAUUGGAUCGAGAUGCCAACACAAAGCUGAAGUGGAUGAGGAAAAGAAAGAUGAUGUAAGAGACAGCAGAGAGGAGACAGAACAUGAAGAUCAAGAAGAGGAGGAAUCAUAUAGCUUUCACAACAGUCCUGACGAUUUGUAUGCCAACAUACAGGAUGAUCUCAAAGAGAACAGAAGAGAUUGCUUUCUCUGUAAGAGGCCACCCCCUCCUCCCCCUCGAAAUCUGCCUGGCAUCCUAAGACAGGACAAUCUGCACAAAUCACAAGAGAGGAAUUUAGUGAUGGACAGGAACAAAAGAGAACAUGAUGAUGGACUCAAAACAGUGUGCUACAGAGAAGACCAAGAUACAUGCGAGGAAGACAGCGAGGAGGAACACCCAUAUACUGCUGUGAAACUGGAGGAAUCUGUGUAUGAUUUCAUAGUGGGUGAGGAGGAGGAGAAGAGGAAACAUUGCAGGUCCUUUAUCGCGAACAGGCCGCCAGCCCCUGCCCCUCGUCCCACAUGUUCACCAGUCAGAGAGGAGAACACGCCCUAUAUAGUCCAAGUGUUUCAGCAAAAGGCCACUCGAGUGACCAGUGACAAAAACAGGACGUAUUGCGACGCUAAGAAGCACGCACAUAGAGGCCACACUGACACAGCAACUUACGGCAUCAUGAAACACAACCUCCCUGCUGAACAGGAAGAACUAAUCCACUUGCAGGAACAGGUGAAAAAGGGGGCAAUUUCUGUGGAUGAAGCCCUGGACAGAUUUAAAUGGUGGCAGAAGGAAAAAGAGAGACUACAAUCCACUCAAAAAGAAAAAGUGCAUCACCCUAGAGACACCACUAUUGGAAACAGAGAAGAAAAUUAAAAUCUGAAUGUCUUCAACUAAGAGCCCAACAGACAAGGAACAUAUGCCUAAUUAACAGAGGUAAGAGCACAUGUGUGAAUGUGUGCCACACACACUCCCACAGACAUACGUUAUUUGUCAUGGAAACUAAUGCUUGUGGAAGUACUUUCCAUCAGAGUGCAUUUAUGUAAUAAUAGAAUGGAAGCGCAGCUCAGAAGUUCUGAUUUCACAAGAUAAACCAUAAUCAUCACAGUCUGGUUUGUCCUAGAACUUUUUAUCAGGUAUCAACAUAUUCAUGUUUACUGCAGGGCAGAUUAGCAAGCAGUUUAGGCACUUAGCUAACUUGUGGGUGCAGUUGAGAGUUCCUGUUAGUUAUUGCAACUAAUGCAGUUUAUGCAGCUAAAUGCUGUAUUAGAGUCUAGUCCUACAUACUGAUUUCACAUGCAGAUUCAAACAUAUUGAAUAAAGUUGAAAGCUAUGAAUGCAAGGAUGUGUCCAGAUGAAAUUCUUGUUUUUCUAACUCCUCUAAAAAUAGUCAUGCAACCUUUCUUAUGCAUGGAAGGAUGACUUGCAUUAAAAAUUCAAGGCUAAGAGCAAGGAUGUCAGCAUUCUGUUAAUGUAUGUGAAAAUCUUUUCCUUGAGAUGUUUACCCAGUUCCUAGAUUUUCUCAGGCACUGAAAUUUUUUGGUUUCUUGAUCUCUGCAAGAACAGUCUGUGCUGAACAGGUUCAAAAGUUGAAGUUUGAUUUUCUUCUUCAGUCUACUUUCCUUCAGAUGAGCUUAGGAUCUGAAAUUUUUGAAACUGAAGUGUAACAUUUUAGGUACGAGGAGCAUUUGUGAUUUUGCAUUAUUAGAGUUUCAAAAGGGAUUAAGUACUAUUUGUUCACGGUAGCAAAAUGAUGCCGUUUAUUCCUUGAGAAAAAUGUCAUUUUAAAGGCUUUGUUAGCUAAGUUACUUUGAUUCAGUUUGCCUCUCCAACUUUCCCAAGUCAGGGGAUGCAGUGUUGCACUGUUAUGGUGGGGAGAUUUUUGGUACUGAAAGAGGAUUAUCUUCAGUGAGGUCUCUUCUGCCACCCUAUUCUCAUGUAAAGGAGUGGGCAGUUGCUUCUUGUGAGAACUGUGUUUCCAUGUCUCAUUUCUGGAGCCAGCUGCCCCCCUGCUCACAAGAGCACAGUGUCCACACUAUAAAACACUGGGUAUUUCCUCUGCUGCUGCUUAUCCUCUAAAUCACUUGUUCAUGCCUUCCUCUUCCAAAUUUCUCAUUAAAACAAAAAAAUUAGUCUUAUGAUACAAGCUGAGAAUGAAAAAUUAUCACUCCUUCAAGAGCCAGUUUAACUUCUACAUGGGCAUUCCUAACAAAGCUGUUUCCUUGAGUGGAGAUGAAGUCACCUACACUUAAUGAGUAAAAAAGCUUUGAAUUUCAAAAGCUCCAAAGCUGGGGAAAACUAUUACAAAAAAAAACCAACAAAAAAAAAACCCCAAACACCUGGGUAAUAACAGAGAUGCUUAUAAAUUUCAGAUGGCUAAAGUGAGAUGAAUCAUGUAAGGGGAGAUAACCUUGGGAUCAGAAUAGGUGAUGUCUGUCACCUUUAGAAAAUCAUUAUAUGGGAGAGAGAAGGUGAAUUAGAUGUGGGAGAACUUGCAAAUACAAUUUAUCCAGCACCUUCAAUCAAUUUUGGUUUUGAAUUAUCCACAUCAAAGUCCAAGGUUCUCUGCUUCUGCAAAUUACAGCCUCUCUACAGCUUUCUUGCUAUUUUCUGUCUUCAUAUUUGUUCGGAGAGACCACUUUUUUAAUGACUAAUUGCAGGGAGAUUUUUGAGUUUUUGAUUGUUACAAAAAUUGCAGAUAAACAUUAAAGACCUACCUUUCUAUUGCUAAUAUUUUGACCCUCCAAACAGAUGAGUCUCCAGCUCCAGUGCAAAGUUCUUAGCUUCUCUUAGCUCAUGCCUACCCAUAGAUCAUCACAUUUUCCUUAUGCAAGGUGGGAGGAGGAUAAUGGAACUGAUAUCCAGUUGGUGGAUCUGAAGGAAUAGACUGGUUUUGAUUCUCUCAUACUCAUUUCAACAAACACAGCCUUUGAUCUAUUUCUAAACAAACAUGGCCCAGUCUGUUGAAUAACAGACAUUUUUCAUUAUUUCUUAUAGUGCAACUCUUCAGACAGCUGCACAUCACUUUCCUCUGCUUGGUAUCCCACACGUCUUCCAGCUGUGCCCUGACAGCCUCAGGCUCCAGCCCCUCCUGCUGCAACACAGAGGUGUGAUCAUUGACACUUUCAGUAUCUUGGAAUCUCUCGCCUGGGCCAACUCUAGAAGAAGACCAGUAUCACUAAAGCAAAAUUAAUAAGAUUUCUUGUAAAGUCAGCACUGAAUUUUACAUCUUUCCUUUGCCUUUUUUUUUCCCCCAAGAUGACAGCUGAAAAUUUAUAUAAAUAUGUAUUGCGUGCCUUGGUUAAUAAUUUUUUAAGUCAUUUCAAUUUUUCUAUCACUCUUCAUAUUUGUUUAAAAGUAGAUUUUAUGCACAGAAGAGGAAUAUUGUGAAAAGUUAUGAAGAUUGUAACAUGAUAAUAAAUAAAAUUUCAUUUUUACUUUUUGUUAAAA